CGACAUCUGGUGUUUCCAUUUAACAUACAAAACAAUUGGUAAGCGUCUAAUGCCACCUACCGAUGAUUAUUACAAAGAUGUAGAACGGACUAUCCAGUUGACGCCCAACUGAGAGGCAAGGAGUGGUUCUCUCACGACGCCCACAUUGAUUGUUACGUAUUAAGAUCGAAAGAAUUCCCAAAAAUGGCUGACCUUGUCACGCUGAUGACGAUUGACAUACCAGAGGGUCGCAAUAGCCUGCUCGAGAGCCAGACCAACUUGGAGAAGGUAGCCGAUUAUUGUGAAGGAAACUACACUCAAGCCCAAGACAAGAGAGUAGCGUUAGAGGAAACAAAAAAUUACACCACGCAAUCCCUGGCUUCUGUGGCAUAUCAAAUCAAUACAUUAGCCUUUGGAUUUCUUCAAAUGCUGGACUUGCAAGCCACUCAAAUGGCUGAGAUGGAGAGCCAAAUUAAUCACAUCAAUCAAAUGGUUAUGAUUCACAAAGAAAAGGUUGCCAGAAGAGAGAUUGGUGUUCUAACAACUAAUAAAUCAUCAUCAAGACAGUAUAAAAUUCUUGCCCCAGCCAACCAGGAGAGACCCAUCAAAUAUGUCAGAAGACCAAUUGAUUAUGCUGCUUUGGACGAAAUUGGUCAUGGAGUUAGAGUUCAUAAUGAAGUACCUCGUCAAAAGAGAGCAAGCAGUCAAGGUAGUAGUAGCAGUUUAGCAGGAAUGGGCACUCUUGGUGCACCAAUGAUGACUGGAACUCUGAGAGGACACAGCCCGGUCCCUCCUGCCCCAACAAGUAAACCGCCAACUCCACCCAUGGCCCGCGCUGUAGGAACAGGAAGCCUAUCUAAAGGAUCCAGGGAAUAUCGGACUCCGCCUGCCGUCGCCCCGCCUCAAGUUCCAUCCAAUUAUGCUCCCAAUUAUCCUUUGGGUCAUUCCCGUCGCGAAAGGAAUAGCACUGGUUAUGGUACACUUCCUAUGUCUCAUGCCUCUACAUCUAGCAGUAUGCACCAGUCUCCGUACAACGCACCCCAGAUGAUCCAACAAACUCCACAAAUCGGCAUGGUUCAUCCUCUUCCUCACGGCCAAACAUCAGCCAUUUACGCACCUGGUUCCGCAACUUAUGCUUCAGGCCUCGAACGUCAGAGGUCCUACUCUAAUCCACCGCCACCCUCCCCUGGAAUGAUGAAUGUUAACUUGGAGCAAAUGCCACUACCUCCACCUUCAAAUUAUGGAACUCUUAUGACUAACACUGAAAGUUCUGGCCGAGUAAGAAGUAUGUCGCCUCCCCCGCCUCCCCUUCCUACUGAGGAACCUUCUGAUAAUGGGACAAGCAACCGACGUAGAGUUCUGAUGCCAGUAGAUGCGGACCUACCGGGUUGGGUACCGAAAGACUAUAUAGACAAAGUUGUGGCUGUCUAUGAUUACUAUGCUGACAAGGAAGAUGAACUAAGUUUCCAAGAAAAUUCAGUCAUCUAUGUCUUACGUAAAAAUGACGAUGGAUGGUGGGAAGGAAUUUUGGAUGGCAUUACUGGUUUAUUCCCUGGAAAUUAUGUAGAAUCUUGCAUGUAGAGACUUUGAAGUUCACAAACAAAUGUUUUCACGAUUUUAUUACUUUUAGAGCUCCUUUCCCUUAAAUAUGGUCUCUUUCUCUCUUCUUCAACAAUUUUAGUAGAUUGAGACAUGCUGUUGUACUUUUUUUUUAUGAAACUAUUUCAAAAUUUUCUACUUUUUUCCCCUCUAUUCCUCAAAAUAUAAUUUUGUAAAAGUUACUUCAUGUUGAUACAAGGCAGAUACUCUACAGGCCAGGAAUAAAUGUAUGCCGGAUCAUCUUAUAAACAAA